AUGCAGACCCUUACGACCACCUUCGUGCCCGGCCCUCAUCGCCCCCUCUUACACAAUCCCCACCCCCACUGGGACUACGCCGCAGCUCUCAAGAGCGUCUACGCAAACUUUCCUGUGCACUGCAAGCUGUUACAGAGUAGAGGGGGCUACUCUUCUGCGUUGGGCGCAGCUUAUGAGUGGCUGAGAGACUGUAAAAGCAGCAACGGGGGGCUCCAGUAUUUCUUAGACAAGGGAGGCUGCGAGACGGCUUUAGAAGUGACCCAUCAGAAUGCUCUGCUUGACCAGAUUGUGGCGCUGCGGAACGACAAAGAAGAGUUAACGGCCGAGGUUGAUGAAGUGAAGAAGAAGUACGUGGCGGAAGUAGAGGGGCUGAAAAGAGGGCAUCAGAGGGAGUUAGAUGAGGUGAACAGGGUGAAGGACGAACAGGUGAAUGAGCGGACGAAGAUCGAGCAGCAGCGGAAUGCAAUCCAGCGGAAACUGACCGAAGCAAGGUCCGAAGUGGAGAGGGUUCGUGGGUCAAGGAAUCUCGAUCAAGAGAAACGAGAGAAGACGAUUAGUGCAAACCCGCAAGCCUUUCAAGGCGGGGGCGAAGAUUCCCAGAAGGGUCUGCAAAGGGAAGGAACUCGGGCGUCUCUGAAGAGGCGGAGAAAGGAAGGGGCACAAAAAGGGAAAACGGAAGUCAGAGGGUCGGAAGGAAACAUGGGGGAAUCAAAAGCGGAAGGGGCAGAGAAGAGACCGGAACGGAAGGAAGCAGACAACGGGCCGUCAGCGGAACCCCAACAG